AUGCAGAGGCUUUUGAAUUUCAUUUUUGUUUUUAACUUUUGGAUAUUCAAUUUUAAAGAUAAUAGUACUACCUUCGACAAUACUGUAUUACCUUCGACAAUAGCAAAGAGUAUCAUUGACUUGGUAUUAUGGAGUAAUAGGUUGUAUGAUCGAUCAUUGAUCAUUUUGGCACUACGACUUUGCAGAGUAUCAAAGACAUGGUUAAAAAUUACAAGCAGUGUAUUUGUACAAUACUAUACUGCAAGAUUGCAAUCUACUCGAGGAGUAAACUAUAUCAUUGAAGCAUUGCACAAGAAUAUACAAUCACCAUUUUGUUUGUUACAUCACUGUGCAUUGCACAAGGUUGAAUUGGUAUUUGGGUAUGAUUACCAGCAAGUUUUGCACAACCUUGACAAACAACUUACUAUAUAUGCAGAGUCAUCAUAUGAAUACCGACAAGCACUCGGCCCUCGAAACCAACAACUAUUAACUCAAUACCAACAAUGCACACAACACCCAGAUCACUAUGAUUGGUCAGUCCUAAAAUACCAACUAGAACAUCCAACACCAAUACAAACACCAAUGCAACCCCAAGUUAUACCACGACACGUUUAUGAUAAAGGAACGCCAAAACAAGAUCGAUUUAAACAAUCACACAUAUCUUGGGAAUAUUGUAAAUUGACAUUACCUAAUCUCGAGGUACUAAAGAUGCAAGCAAAAUCUCCAAUCGAAAACCCUUGUCCUGCCCUGACUGAUUAUCUACUAUCAAGAGAUGAAAACAUUCAAUAUGUGGCAUCAAUUAAUUUACGUCUCGAAAUGCUACCACUCAUAGAAAGACUUUUCUAUUAUCUGGAUCUAGUGUUACCCCAGAGUUACAGUAAUAACUCUACGAUAUUUCCAUUAAUUAAAUACCAUCCAUCACUUUUAGUGUUGACCAUACGCAACCAUAACUGCCACAAAACUUCCGAUAAUCUUUAUCAACAUAUUCCAUUUGCAACUUUUCAAAAAUUCGAGCAACUUGAAUCGCUCACUGUCGGUGCAGGCUACAAACAACAGUCAAAAGAUAUCGAAUUACUGUGUCAAGGUAUUUCUCAAAUCAAAUCGCUCACAUCUCUUGACUUGUCCCUCCAAGGAUAUGACCAAAAUUGGAAUCCAUCCUAUACACCAAUGAUCAAACAACUUGUAAAUCUAAAGAGAUUUAAAACUGGAAUUGAUGAUUCAAGAGGUUCUGGUUACGAUCAAUGGAUAACAACUCAUUUUAAUAUUCAAACUAUAGAAUAUAAAUUAAUUUUAACAAAAAAAUAA